CGAAAGUUUACGGAGACAUCAUGUAUCCAGCUUGGUCCUUCUGGAGCGGUGGACCAGCGAUAUCGCUGUAUCCUACAGGCAUCGGAAGAUGGGAUCAGAUUCGGGUCGAGCUGCAAAAGGCGGCGAAAAGGCAUCCGUGGGGACAGAAAAUAUCGCAAGGCUUUUUUCGUGGGUCCAGAACCAGUGCUGAAAGAGACAGUCUAGUUCUUCUUUCACGGAAGGAACCGGAUCUUGUAGAAGCCAUGUACACGAAAAAUCAAGCGUGGAAAUCGCCAAAGGACACGUUGGACGCAGAACCGGCUCCCGAAGUUUCGUUUGAGAAGCAUUGCGAGUACAAGUAUUUGUUCAACUUCCGUGGCGUUGCGGCGAGCUUUCGGUUACGACAUUUGUUUCUGUGUGGAAGUCUGGUGAUACACGUCGGGAGCGAUUGGCAGGAGUUUUUCUACAGUGCAUUAAAACCUUGGAUACAUUAUGUACCUUUGCCUGAUAAUCCGUCCGAAGAGAAAAUCAGGGAAGUUUUGGAGUUUCUCAAGCGGAAUGAUGAUCUCGCGAAGGAAAUCGCGUCAAAUGGAUACGAUUUCAUUGCAAAACAUUUGAAAUUUUCUGACGUUUCUUGUUAUUGGAAAGAGCUGUUGACACGAUAUGGAAAAUUGCUGACCUUUGACCCAAAGGUUGAGCCACAUUUUACAAGAAUUCGAUGAGCGACCAACGAAAAAUUUGUGAUAUAAGACGGAUCCGGAAUUGUUACGAUGUUUUCGGUAUUUAUUGGACUGACCGUGUUUUUACCGCAGAAUUCUCAAUGAAGUGAACUUUCGUCAUCUCA